CAAGCAGGAUGUCCAGGCUGUGGAGGUGUCAUGGCCAAGUCACACCUGCUGCUGUGGCUGCUGCUGCUGCCCACACUCUGUGGCACAGGGGCUGAAGCUGUAGGGACCACCUCGUCCCAGGCCUGUGCCCAGGGCCCUGAGUUUUGGUGCCAAAGCCUGGAGCAAGCGUUGCAGUGCAGAGCACUGGGGCACUGCCUGCAGGAGGUCUGGGGACAUGCGGGAGCCGAUGACCUGUGCCAGGAAUGCAACGACAUCAUCAACAUCCUCACCAAGAUGACCAAGGAGGCCAUUUUCCAGGACACAAUUCGGAAGUUUCUGGAGAACGAGUGUGAUGUCCUCCCCUUGAAGCUGUUGGUGCCCCGAUGCCACCACGUGCUCGAAGCCUACUUCCCGCUGGUCAUCGACUACUUGCAAAGCCAGAUCAACCCAAGGGCCAUCUGUGAGCACCUGGGCUUGUGUAAAUCCGGGCGUUCAGAGCCCAGGCUGGAGCCAGAGCUGUCGGACCCUCUGCUGAACAGGCUGGUCCUUCCAGUGCUGCCCAGGGCCCUCUGGGAGCAGCCGGGGCCUCAGACACAGGAUCUCUCUGCUCAGCGGUUCCCCAUCCCCCUCCCCUACUGCUGGCUCUGUAGGACUUUGCUCAAUCGGGUCCAAGCUGUGAUUCCCAAGAGUGUACUGGCCCCGGUUGUGGCCCAGGUGUGCCACGUGGUGCCCCUGGUGGCAGGCGGCAUCUGCCAGUGCCUGGCCGAGCGCUACACUGUCAUCCUGUUGGACGUGCUGCUGGGCCGCAUGCUGCCCCAGCUGGUCUGCGGCCUCGUCCUCCGGUGCUCUUUGGAGAAUGGUGCUGGCCCAGGCCUCACCGCUCUGCAGUCCCUGUGGGGAGAAUGGAUACCGGACGACUCCAAGUGCCAGCUCUGCGUGUCCGUGACCACCCAGGCAGGGAACAGCAGUGAGGAGGCCAUGCCACAGGCAAUGCGCCAGGCUUGCCUCAGCUUCCAGCAGGACAGGCAAAAGUGUGAGCAGUUUGUGGAGCGACACUCCGUGCAGCUGCAGAGCCUGACAGCCAGGGGCCAGGAUGCCCGCACCACCUGCCAGGCGCUGGGGGCAUGCGCAACCACAUUCAGUCCUCUCCAGUGCGUCCAGGAGCCCCACUUCUGAUGGGAACUCAGAGCUGUGCCAGGGUGUGGUGUGAGAACACAAGUUCCUUAGGGAAACUUGACUCCAACACAUUAACGAGAAUGAAGAGAUCAGCCUUAGAGGCAUAGACAGGCCUGAGGACUGGCUCAAAGGGUGCCCUGAUACGGGAGCAUUCACACAACUGGCCUAAGAGACGGUCAGGAUUGAACAAAAUGGUGGGCCCGCAAGAACCCAUGACUGUGGACAAAGCGCUCACAGAUUUCAUGGACCUUGAGAGGAGAAGUCUGACAUGUGUCGCCAAUGCGGGCACAGGAAGAUGGAGACCAGGCAAGGUGCACAAUGCUUCGGUGAAGCCCUACAGACCACCGAGAGCACGUCGCCAACCUCGCUGCUCAUGAUCUGGCAGUCUGUGAAUCACUCCCGGGGAACAGAAGGAGGAUUCGGUGGGUAGUUAUCCAGGAGGGGCUGAGUAUUAUUAAACAAUGACAGACUGAGUUAUUUUCAAAUGGAAAUAGGACAUGUGGGGGCUUAAGAGCCAAAACUAUCUAGUUCAAUUAUAGAGAAAUAAAAACAGUGACAUGUAUGUUCCCUCGUUAAUGACUGAGGUUUAAAAUCCACAACACAAUCAUUGUAACAUUACAUAUCAUUCCGAGCUUUCCUCUGCAUGCGCACGAAAACAGGUAUGACAGGUUUUUAAAUGGGAGCAUCCUAUACAUGCUGCUUUGUAAACUCCUUUAUUCAUUCAAAAAUAACCUUUCCAGAUCAAUAAAUAUAAAUAUCUAUCAUCACUGUUAAUUGGCUCAUAUUUUUUUCUUUAUACAAACUUUCAUUCUUAAAUAUCAACUAUCAAUAUCUGAUCAGUUCCAAGAUGUGAAGUUUGGGGGCAAAAACCUACACGUCUUGACUGUUCACGCAGGCGGUGUCACCAAGCUGCCCCUCCGUGUGCAGCACUCCAACUCCCACCCCAGCAGGAAGCGGGGACCGUGUCCACUCCCACCUACGUGGGUAUUAGCAGUCUUGCAAAUCUUUGCUAAUCUAAAAUACUAAAGUGACAUCAUUGGUUGUUCCACUUUUCACUUCUUUUGUUACUAACCUUUUACAUGUUUAUUGGCCAUUUAUAUUUCACCUUUUGUGAAACGCUCAUGUGGGUGUUUUGCCUGAUUCUCCCUUGGAGCGCUCUGUCCACUGUUCUACCAAGAAAAAUAUACCAGGUGUACUCACUCACUUACUGUCCUGUAGGUGGCAAGUUUUCCCCUAUCACGUCUUUUAAAUUUAAGAUACGUUUUCCACAUACGUACCUUUUCCUUUGUGAGUUCCAGCUGAGAAAGUGGAAUCUCAAUCUCAUCUGCGGUUCGAGGUCUCCAAGAGGAAGCAGAUGCUGGGGUCACAACUGUAAGACACGCCAGCCAGGCCUCCAGCUGGGAGAGCAGUGGUGGAAGCAAGCCCUAAUGUCUCCCGCAAAGGGCCUUAAGCUAUUGUACACAGGACAUGACAGUCAGCUCUGAGCAGUGGUCCCCAACCCUCCAGGCAACAGUAUUAACUGUCAACAUCUUGAGAGAGUGUAAAGAGACAAAAUAUUUUGGGCAGAAGGAUAUGGACUGAGAACAGAGGUUUGGCAUGAUGCCAUUUGCUCGAUGAACAUUAGUGAUUAACUCCGAAGUGCCAAGCAUUCCCAUAAAACAAACAGUUCCUGUCUUUCCUCUUAGAGUUGAGUCUAACGGGAAGACAGCUAUUAACCACAGAAUCACAGAAAAAUGGAAUUCUUCAGUGGAAUGUGUGCUAUCAGUUAGAAAUAUACAUGGUACUGAGCAGGUACAUGAAGUCAGAGAGGUAAAAGAGCAAGAGUUAAAAAGGACAGAGUGACUGCCCCUGAUUAUCAAGGGGAAAUUGGGUUCCUUCUAUACUGUGCAGGCAAGAUGGACUAUGUCCAACGGGCA